AUCAAACAAAAACAAACCAUCCACGGAAAUACAAACGAAAAUGUUAUCAAUUUGUUCGGCGAGAAAAAUCGAUUUAUCAAAUCUCCCCGAGCAACAACAAACAUUCGACUACAAAUAAAGACACGCAAGUGGCACAAGGACAUGAUCUUGCUUUGUCGCGAUGGACGCCAGGACGCAAAAGUUGGAACACCAACGGCAAAUUUUCGAACAGAAAAUGAAGAUGAAACGGCUACCGUCGUCGGGCAUGGUCCAGGUUUCGGACGCCCGCAGCAAUUCCGGGAUAAGCAGAGAUAGUAGCGGGAAUGGGAGAAGGGAGCUGCACGGGUAUGAUGGUCCUUUACAGUAUGCCAUGGGUCGGGACAAUAAUCCUGAUCAAAUUCUAGUUAUGUCAUCAAGUGUAGAUAGUUUUGAUGAUACAAUGGUACAGGAUCUCACUACAAACAACAUAUCCGGCAGCGACCUUUUAGACGUAGAGGACGACGAAUCUUCGCCAGUAUCGCCCAAUCAAAAUGGAAACCUUGCAGUGCCCAUAAACCCAGUUGGAGAUUAUUCCGACUUGGACAAUGGUAAUCAGGAAGGCACCAGUGGCCAGCUCAAUUCUAAUAAUCUAGAAACUGAAGGGGAUUUAUCAAAUGAUGAUGUUGCAGCAUUUGUUCUGGAACCAGCGCCACCAAGAGUCUUAUUUCGUUGCCGGAUAGCUAGAGAUCGUCGCGGCGUCGACAGAGGUCUCUUUCCCACUUAUUUCUUGCAACUGGAACGACCCAGAGGCAGAAGAGCUCUCUUAUUGGCUGCUAGAAAGAGGAAAAAGAGUGCCACUAGUCAUUACGUCAUCAGUGCAGAUCCUACAGAUUUGUCACGCAGGGGCUCAGGCUCAGUAGGAAAAUUGAGAAGUAACGCCCUAGGUACUAGAUUCCAAGCAUGGGCUGGUAGAAGUGGAGGCAAUACAAAAUUAGAUGAUGAAGCUCUAGAGGGUCCGCCAAAAGAAGAGCUUUCAGCCAUACUCUAUGACGCCAACGUUCUAGGUUUUAAAGGCCCCAGGCGCAUGACAGUUUUGGUACCGGCACUAGCCGAAGGACAUCGCGCAGGUCCGGACGAACCUCUGGUGGAAGCCUGGAAAUCUGGCCGUACAGACAGAUUAGUGCUGCUGCGCAACAAAACACCUGUAUGGAACGAUGACACCCAAUCGUAUGUUCUGAAUUUUCACGGCAGAGUCACACAGGCUUCUGUAAAGAAUUUCCAAAUUGUGCACGACAGCGAUCCGGAAUAUGUUGUGAUGCAGUUCGGGAGGGUGGCUGAUGAUGCUUUUACCAUGGACUAUAGAUAUCCGUUGUGUGCGCUUCAGGCUUUUGCCAUAGCUUUGAGCAGUUUUGAUGGGAAGUUGGCUUGCGAAUAAAUAGUUUGAAAUUGUCUUUGAGAGUAACAGAUAAUGGACAGAAAUAAAAUCAGACAUCACGAGGCUUCUUUUUAUUUUAGUUUGAAGAUUUGAGUUUAUUUGCAGUUUUUACCGAUAUAUCUGUUACUAGCAAUGCACGCCAGAUGUUGCCAGUUAACUUAAAUGAAUGAUCUGAGAUACCAGUAUUUUAGUAUGUAAGCUUUUUGAUUGAUAUAAUGAUAUUCUUCACACAUCAAAUUUUUUGAUCUGAUAUCUGUAGAAGGAAUAUUGUUUUUGUGUGAAUUGACUAUUUAUGGAUUUGAUAACAUUUAAGUCUACACUGCCUGAACGCUUCUGAAUGAAACUUUACAAUAAUUAUACAGGGUGCAUUGGUAGUUUUGAAUUUUCAAGAGAACGUUUAGGCAGUGUAGUAGCAUUAUAAUUGUUGUGCCUUUUAGUUAUUUAUAACACGUUUAGAUGACAUUGAUUCCUAUAUUUAUUGCAGAAUAAAUAUAUUUUUAACAAAUUUCAUGUACUUAAAGUUUAUAAUAAUUGCAGUUGAUUUUUUCAGCAAAUGCUGACUGAAUCAGUUGAUCAUUUUGACAAAUCAAAUUUGUGCCUUGUUUGUUGCAUUUUAUUUAAAGAUGUAUCAUUGAAAACUAUUGGUAGCCUUAGCAAUAAUCAAUAUAAUUAAUCACUGCUAUGAUAUAAUGUAAAAUAUCAGGUUUAAAUAUUGUCUUAAUCGAAGUAAAGUGUUGUUGAAAGAUUUUUAUUUUCAGGGCACUUACUGUAGAAAGAAAGUUUUAUAUUUUUUGUAGUUUAUUUCAAAAAUCAGCCCAGAAACUUGAGAAAUAGUUCAGUUACUUUUCAAGUAGAAUAAAUUUGUAAGAUAUAAAAAAAUCACAUGUUUGAACGGAAGGGAUAUAUGUAUUUUGCUAGGAUUCUGCAUCAUUUUUCUGAGAAUAACUAAGAGUUGUUUCAAAUGCAAAAGGAUAAAUGUACAAAUAAACUCUAUGUAUUUACUUUGGUACCAAACAAAAGUUCCACAUUGUUACUCAAUUAAUUUAGUUCCAGGUACUUAAAGCUAUUUAUGAAAGUCAAAUAACAACUAUUAGAUUUUUUUUUAAAUAUGCCUUUGUUUAACAUUUGUAUUAUAAUAUUUUCCAAUAUGCAAGGAAUUUGGAUCGUACAUGAAUCGAUUUAAUUAUGAUAAAUGCAACUUAAAUUCUACAACAGUAGGUAUUUAAGUUCAUGGUAUUUGUAUGAAACAUGUUAAGAAGCUACGAAAAUAAAAAAAAUAUAUGCAAAUU